CACUGUAUGUUGACGUGUGGCUACGGCUAGCCUGUCUGCUUAGUUAAGUUAGCUGACUCCUCUUUCAACUGGGUAGGAAGAGAAAUUCCUGACAGCUGUGGAGUUUUGCACACAUAUCUACUCGUAAUAAUGGCGGACGAGUGGGAGGAAAUUCGUCGCCUUGCCGCCGACUUCCAGAGAGCACAGUUUGCUGACACUGUGCAAAGGCUGUCGGAGAGGAAUUGUGUUGAAAUCAUUGCAAAACUGGUCCAGGAUAAGAAGCUGGAUGUGGUGCACACACUUGACGGAAAGGAGUACAUCACCCCAGCUCAGAUCAGCAGAGAGAUCCGAGAUGAACUCUACGUCCAUGGAGGGAGAAUCAACAUUGUGGACCUUCAGCAGAUUCUUAAUGUGGAUUGGGUCCACAUUGAAAACAGAGCAAGUGACAUCGUGAAAUGUGACAGAGGGGUUCAACUUGUGCUGGGGCAGCUGAUUGAUGAAACGUACCUGGACCGUUUGGCCGAGGAGGUGAAUGACAAACUGCAGGAAGCUGGUUUGAUCACCAUCGCUGAACUAUGUAAAAGCUACGACCUCCCAGGCGAAUUCUUAACUGAGGAGCUGUCAAAGCGUCUCGGGAAGCUCAUCCAGGGAGAAAUGGACCAGUACAACAGAGGUGUCAUAUUUACUCCAGCUUUUGUCUCCCGUCACCGAGCCAGAAUAAGAGGGCUUUUCAGUGCAAUCACAAGGCCGACACCUGUCAGCAGCAUGAUAGGAACAUUUGGAUUUCAAGAACAUCUUCUGUAUUCUGUCUUGGAGGAGUUUGUUAACUCUGGACGUCUGAAAGGAAGUGUGGUUGGAGGCCGGCAAGACAAAGCUGUUUACAUCCCUGAUAUCUACUCCAAAACACAGAACACCUGGGUCGACUCUUUCCUCCAGCAAAAUGGAUAUUUAGAGUUUGAUGCGUUGGUCAGACUGGGAAUCCCGGAUCCCUCCAGCUACAUUAAGAAGCGCUUCAAAUCCAACAAACUGCUGUUCCUCAGAGCAGCCUGUGUGGGUCAGGCUUUGGUGGACCAGGUGGAGGCUUCUGUUGAGGAAGCAGUCAACUCCGCCACAUGGACUGACCUCCAGCCAAUUUUGCCCAGCUGCCUAUCGAUGGAAGACAUCGGGAUGGUGAUCAGCCAGGCUAUUAGGAACACUAACAUCCAGUCCGCCUGCAGAGUGCUGGAAGGCACAUUUGUUGUCAGUGAGAAGUUCAUCAACAACUGUCUCUCUUUAUUUGACGAAGCCAUGCAGAAUAAAGCUCGGAAGGAAGUAAAGAAUAAUCCUGUGUUUCUGAUAACUGAAGAGGAUAUGAAACAAGCGUCUGUCAUGACAGAGGCCUCAGCGCCCUCUAAAAAGGAAAAGAGAGAAGCAGAGCGCAGGAAGAAGGCUUCUGAGGGCAGCGGCAGCGUGAAAGCAGGUGGAGGAGGUAAUGCCAGAGAGAUCCGGAUUCGCAAAACCAAGAAGAAAGGGAGGAAAGAUGAGGACAGCGAUGAAGAAACCGGACCCUCGCAGCAAAAUCGCAACAAACAGACUGAAGCACCAUUUAUGACCCAGGAGGAGAUCGUAGCUGUUUUAGAACAACGGGUGAGUGACUGCCCCGAAGAAAUCCUCUCCGAACUGGCCGAGCAUUUAGUAAGGCCUCUGACUAAAAACUAUCAGGAGGUGUUGCGAACGGUGUUCAUGUCAUCUAGCAGUUCUCCAUCAGGGGCCAACAAGAAGAAGAGCAUGAAGGAUCUACAGGAGGAGAUCACCAACCUUUAUAACAACAUUCGACUGUUUGAAAAAGGCACCAAGUUCUUCUCUGAUGAAACUCAGGUCCAAAUCUCCAAGCACGUCCUGAAGACCGUGUGCACUGACGUUGCCAACAUUCUGGUGAACUUCCUGGCUGCUGACAUGAUGAUGUCUGUGGAGAAUCCCAGCGCCAUCACCUCUGAGGUCAGAGUGAAGAUUUUGGGCAAACUGCCAGAGGAGACUAAAGGGCCUCUCAUGAAGUUGCAUAACUGCUUGAAUGGCAAAACCAUUGAAGACUUUCUGACUAACAUAGAGACAUGUGCCGAGGUGUGUGGCUUCAUGCUGAAGAAAGGAGACAAGAAAAAGGAGAGACAAGCCCUGUUCCUGCACCGCCAGGCUCUCAGUGAGCAGCUGAAGGACACGGAGGAUCCAGCUCUUAUCCUCCACCUCACCAGCGUCCUGCUUUUCCAAGCCAGCACCCACUGCAUGCUACACGCCCCGGGGCGCUGCGUGCCUCAGAUCAUCGGCACACUCACAGGCCGAAUGCCCGUGGACCAGCAGCAGCUGCUUUCUGCCUACCAGAGCCUGGUGGUGAAGCAGCUGGUGAGCCAGAGUCAGGGCAGGAAGCAGGAGGAGGUUGAGGACAGUAAGGCCGAGGAGCAUGAAGAGGAGGCGAGGAGCGUCCGUGCAGAGCUCAUGGCCCUGACGCCACAGGUGAAGGAUCUAGUGCUGUCCCAGAGGAAGGCGUCCGUCACCGAAGAAUGAAGAGCUCAAAAAUAAGAAUAAUGUCACAACUGAUCUCUAUGGUCUUAAAUAUUCAGAUAAAUUCAGGUUCCUGCUGGUAAUCCUGUAUUUUUGUGAUUUAUCUCCCCGUGGACAUAAUCUUAAAUUAUUAAAAGAAAUCUAUGAGCGGGUUGUCUCCCUGUAAACCCAGCUGACGUGAAAAUCGUCAGUGAGGUUCUGAUGCAUUCAUCAUGUCUCCUUGUCCAAUCUCCAAUUUUACAGCCGUCUACAGACCAGGGACCAGGAUUCAGCUUGAAGGUUUAUUCUGCCUUGAAAGCUUCUGCUCUUCUUGUUCAAGAGCUUUGUAAAACCUGGCAAACCCAGUCUCUGUGUACUCAGUAACAUUUACUCAAGUAUUGUGUAGUCAAUUUUUUCCCUACAUGACACUUGCCCUCUACAUUUCAAGGAAAUAUUGUAGCCCUGACUUUGGUAACUAAUUUACAAAUGUACAAAUACAAAAUACAAACAUCUCAAAAACUUUU